GACCGAGGCGAUGUUAGAUCAGAAAAGUCCAACAACGGCGAGCUGGGUGGAGCACCGCGCGAAAUCUACCGGAGAUCUUUCCGUUCGUGUGAUUUUCCUAUUUGCACUCUGAAAGAAUAGCAUAAGUAAAACCUAACUGGAAUAUACCACACUGGGUAUUGCACCCUGUAGCUGACAUUCAUGGCCACUACCACUCUGUUAACGAUGACUGCAGGGCUGGGUCCGGGGCAGGACGAACCGUUUUAUGCCCUUCUUAAACCAACGCUGUCUGAAGGUAACCAGGAGAGAGACUUGUCGCUGUUUGCUGGAGACAUGAAGAAUACGGCCAGUGCCAGGAUUUUAACGAACGAUUUUAUGCAGACAAGAUCAGAGAUGGACAAGUACCUGACGCCACAGCCUCCACCACCCCUGCUAACACCAGAAGAAAAGAAGUUUCGUAGAGAUAGUGUUUCUGUGGUGGACCAGUUCUUUUGCGAAGAUGAAGGGUCACCAUACAGCAUCAACAUGAACGUCUUUCUUCCAGACUUCACAUACCUUCGGACUGGCUUGUGCAGACCCCAGAGGCCAGCGGUGCCGCAGAUCAAGACUGAGCCCAUGCACUGCUUCGUGCACCCGAACAGCCCAAGCACCAGCGCAGCACAGACCCUCCCUGAGUUUACCAGUGUCUUCAGCUCUGCUGCAGGGGCAGACAUCAACAGUAUCUUCAUCAAACAAGAAAUGCCUUCCCUUGAUAUCCCUCAGGAGGGUCCCCUGUUUCAGCUCUUAAAUUCCCCAGAACUGGAAGGGCCCAUUGCUGGGAGCCAGGCCUGUGCUAACCCUCAUAGCAACAUUCCUAUGGCAUCUGCAAUGCCCAAUAACAACAACCUUCCUUUGGGCACCCAACAGUCUGCUGCCAAGCCGUUCUGUAACGUGCGCACUGGUCCCUAUUCCCUGCCACCCCAGUUUGUUCAGCAGCAGCAGCAGAAGCCUACCUAUCUCCCCCCCUCUCCUCCAAGCUCGGAGCCAGGAAGCCCUGACAGGCAGACAGAACUGCUACAGAACCUGUCACCUCCCCCUUCUUACGCUGCCAGCAUCGCUUCCAAACUGGGCGUCCACAGUCCAACUCUGGCUCCUGCCUUGCAGGGCCCUCAGCAUUCUGUACCGGUCCGGUACGCCCGCAGGACAAACCCUGACCUAGAGAAAAGACGGAUACAUCACUGUGACUUCCCAGGGUGCAAGAAGGUCUACACCAAAUCUUCUCACCUGAAAGCACACUUGAGGACUCACACUGGCGAGAAGCCCUACAAAUGCACCUGGGAGGGCUGCGACUGGCGGUUUGCGCGGUCGGACGAGCUGACCCGUCACUUCAGGAAGCACACCGGCGCCAAGCCCUUCCAGUGCGCCGUGUGCAGCCGGAGCUUCUCCCGGUCUGAUCAUCUGGCUCUGCACAUGAAGCGCCACCAGAGCUAGGCCACGAUGCAGGUCACCCGCAUUGAGUGACAAGCCUGAGCUGUGUCUGAUCAACCAUUUUCACAUUAAGCUUUGGGGGAAAACUGGAACUUUUCAGAUUUUUUAUUCAUUUUUUUUCCCCAAACAUGACAGAGGUGCAAACCCGAAGAAUGUUUUUGUGUUAAUUGAUUCUUGCGUCCCCCUUGUUUAAGAGUUCUUGGAAGAAGAACAAAAAGACUUCAAGCUAACACAAGUUGAAAACCAAAGAUUCUUUUGUGUUUUGACCAAAGCAAGCAUCACUCUUAUGAUAGUGUUUAAAAAAGGGCUUGGAAAUCCAUGAGACACUGUUAAAGAAAAUAAAAGAUAACAGCCUUAUAGAAUUGGAUUUCAAACCAAAGAACAAACCUUGGAAACUACUUGAAAUUUUCUAAAAUGUUUUACUUGUAUUAAGACAUUUCCAUUAUUAAAAUACAUUUAUGAGAUCACUGUGUAGUAACAAAUAUGUUCUACAGCAUAUAUAUAUAUUGCAAAGGGCUUGUUUUGCUUUUUAGCAUUUACUUAAAUGAGCAUGGCAAGCUUCAAAACCUGUUUAAUUUGCCUUUUGACUGAGAAUUUGUCCCAUGUCAGUCUAAUAAUGAGCUACUACUGCCAACACUAUAUUUGCCACAAGGCCUAUGAUUUUAUCUUGGUGUAAGACACAUGACAGUUGGGAAACACAAAUUUUUAAAAAAUCAUAAUAAUUGGCACAGAAAUAUGUCAUUUGUUAAUAAUAUGUUUAAGUGCGUUCCCAAAUAGUCUUGUUACAAAGCAUGGAUUUAUUUUACUUUGGUUAAUUAGAAAAUGUUUCUCAGAAGCUAAACUGGAAAAAUGUAAUUACAUAAUUUUAUGUAUUGUUUCUAAGCACUGGAAGGGCACAUUUAAUACUGCAUAUAUGACUGAUCAGCACUAUCAUAAAGCUUUCAUUUUAAACUGGAUGUCAGAUUUCUGAAAAUAUAUUGCCUUAAUAAUAAUAAUUGAUUGUACUGCUACUGGAUUUUUUUAACAUAAGGGAGCGAAUAAUUAAUUUAAUAUGAUGUAAAAAGGAAUUGCCCAAAAUGUGGGAAUAAACUGGUUCAAGUAAUGUAUCAUUUGUACAAACAUAAUUAUUUAAACUGCUAUGCAUGCCUUUAUAUUUUAUACUGUUCAUGUUUGAAGCCAUAUGAAUGUAAAAAAACCUUACAGUUUUCUGUAAUAAGCUUUAUGAACAAGAAUUUCAUUGCAAGUGCCUUCAAGGCCUUUUAGAAAACAAACAUUAAACUUUAAAGUUUCUCAUUAGAUUAACUAAUUUGUAAAGCAAUGGGACAGGAUUACUACCCUUUCUUAGGCUAGGCUAAUGUGAAAAAUAGUGGCUUGCUAUUUGGUGUACAUGUUCUUUUUCUCAUUUUAUUUAUUAAUGUAGCCUAGUAUAAGGAAACUGGAAGAGUAAAAGUAAAUUAUGUAACUAAAAUGCCUUAAUGUAAAUACUUGGCAUCUGAUGUACAUAUCAUGUUUUUGGUACGAUGUGUCAAUUGUUAUACUCUAUUCCUGAAAACAAAGGGGCAAACCAGGCUGCUGUCCUGCUCUAGCAUUGUGUGUGCUGUUACAUUUUUUGUCUUGUGUUUUUUAUUAUUAUUUUGAAAUUAUGUAUAAAAUGUAAGAUGACGUUCACAAAACAGUUGUAUUCCCACCAUGUUUUGGGACUGAUCAAAAUAUCUAAUAAAACUUUGAUGUUGCUUAAUAAUGA